AUGGCCAGGAAUCUAGUUGAGCCCGGGCGAACGAGCAAAGUGGAGCAGCCCGACGAGAAGCCCGGGGUCGCCGCGGGCUCGCUGGAGCUGUACCCGGCGGGCGCCGGCGGUUCCGGCCGCUGGUUCCAUGGCGGGCAGCGCGCGCCCGAGCGGGCGGGCGUGGAGCGGGACGGCGCCGCCAGCCUCAGCCCGCUCCCGUCCCGGGUGGCCUGCUGGGCCCCCCAGCUCGGCAGCGGCCCCUUCCGCUGCGCCCAGUGCGGGAAGGGCUUCCGCCAGAAGCAGAGCCUCAUCACGCACGAGAGGAUCCACACCGGGGAGAAGCCCUACAGGUGCGGGGACUGCGGCAAGAGCUUCAGCCAGCGGCCCAACCUGCUGACCCACCGCCGCGUGCACACGGGGGAGCGCCCCUUCCCCUGCACGCAGUGCGGCAAGAGCUUCAGCCAGAAGGCCAACCUCCUGGCCCACCAGCGCAUCCACGCCGCCAACGAGAAGGCGCUGGCCGGGGGCGAGCAGGAGGACGGCGCCUCCGGCAAGCCGAAGCUGCGAGCCCCGCAGCGGAGCUACCAGGACGACACCCCCUUCGUCUGCCCCGAGUGCGGGAAGAGCUUCCGCCAGAAGCCCAACCUCAUCACCCACCGGCGCAUCCACACCGGCGAGCGCCCCUUCACCUGCUUCCUCUGCGGCCGGAGCUUCAACCAGAAGACCAACCUGGUGACGCACUACCGCGUGCACACCGGGGAGCGCCCCUUCGCCUGCACCCAGUGCGGCAAGCGCUUCACCCAGAAAACCAACCUGGUGACGCACCAGAGCACCCACACCGACGUCCGCCCCUACCCCUGCGGGCAGUGCCAGAAGUGCUUCAAGGACAAGGUGUCCCUCAAAGCCCACCAGAAGACGCACGCCCCGCGCCAGCGGAGGUGCCCGGGCCGGGGUCCGGCUCCCGCCCUGCCCUUCGGGGCCGCCCCCACGCUGCUGCAGCCCGGGGGCCCGGAGCAGGAGGCCGCCUUCAGCCCGAUGCCGCCGCUGCCUGUUCAGAAGAUCCCCGAGAACCAAGAGCUGUACUCGUGCACGGAGAAGGGCUUCCCCCCGAAGGAGCAGCUCCUGCCCCACCAGCAGGCCCCGCUGGGGGAGCAGGCCUUCCCCUGCGUGCAGUGCGGGGAGGGGUUUUGCCCGAAGGUGGCCCUGCUCCGGCCGCAGCACGGCCCUGGGGCGGAGGCUCCGGCCGGCUGCGCCGCGGGCUUCAGCCCCGGCCCGCACCUCCUGGGGCACCUGGGGGUGCAGCCCGUCCUCGGGGAGGGCGCAGCCCCCGCGCCGCCCACCCCCGGGGCCGAGAAGCCCUUCAUCUGCAACCAGUGCGGCAACAGCUUCGGCCUGUGGCUCUCCCUGGUGGCCCACCAGAAGACUCACGUCGGGCAGAAGGCCUUCCAGUGCCCCGAGCACGAUAAGAGCUCCGGAGACGAGCUGUCCGCCAAGUCUCCCCAGGAGAAGGAUUUGGAUGGGAGAGCCUGGCUGUGCCCCGAGUGCGGGAGGAGCUUUGUCCAGUACGAGCGGCUGGUGAAGCACCGCCAGAACCACAGGGGCCGCGGGCCCUACCGCUGCGACGUCUGCGGGAAGCGCUUCAGCCUGAAGACCAACCUGGUGACGCACCAGCGCAUCCACACCGGCGAGCGCCCCUUCACCUGCGGCGUCUGCGGCCGCCGCUUCAACCAGAAGGGAAACCUGGUGACGCACUACCGCACGCACACCGGCGAGCGCCCCUUCGCCUGCACCCAGUGCGGCAAGCGCUUCGCCCAGAAGCCCAACCUCAUCGCCCACCAGAAGACCCACUCCGGCAGGCAGCCCUUCACCUGCCUCGAGUGCCCCAAGCGCUUCAAGAGCAAGCUCUCCCUCAGGGUCCACCAGCGCGUGCACGUCGUGGAGCAGCCCCAGAGCGAGCCGGGCCCGGGCCAGACGCCGCCCAGCCUGCAGGCGCACCCCGGCAGCCCCUACCCCUGCUCGCUCUGCGGGGAGUCCUUCGAGGAGCACGGCGAGCUGCAGCUGCACCGGCAGGGCCACGCCGGCGAGCGGGCCGCACGCCUGCGCCGAGUGCGGGAAGCGCUUCCGUCAGAAGGUGAACCUGGCCGUUCACCAGCGGACCCACACCGGGGAGCGCCCCUUCCACUGCGCCGAGUGCGGCAAGGGCUUCAGCCAGAAGGCGCACCUCCUGCGGCACCGCAGGACGCACACCGGCGGCGUGCCGCCCUCCUGCUGCGAGGGCGCCUGCCCCGCGGAUCGCUGCCUCGGGAAGAGCUUCGGCCGGGAGCGCAGCCCCCGAACAGAGCGGAGAGUCCGUCCGGGGCAGCAGACAUCCUUCUGCAGCUGAUGCAGGAAGACCAGCAGCUGGUGUCCGGCUCGCACCACCCGCAGGAAGCGCCCGCGGGGCAGUGCCCCUGUAAGUGCGCCGAGGGCGGGGAAGGCCUGGCCGGGAAGCCGACUCUGCAGCCCCAGUGCUGCUGCGCCGACUGCGUGAGCCAGAGGCAGCUGCUGCUGAAGCCCCAGCACGACUGCCGCGCCGAGAUCUGGUGCAAGUACGGCGGCUGCGGCAGAAGCUUCGAGGACAAGAGAGUGCUGAGAGUGCCUGAGAGAGCGCAUGGCGAAGAGAAAACCUCACCGUGCCCGAGCUGCUUGUAA